AUGGGGAGUACCUCGAGCAAGGCGCACGACUCGAACCCGGCGGACCUCGGCGCGAUGGGGUCGCAGCGGGACGCGGCCGCGCAGGCUGGCACUGCCAACAACCCAAACGGCGUGUACUAUGGCAGCCCGACGCAUAACGAGCAAGGCCGCCAUAGCGACACGGACAUGGACAUGGACAGCAACUCGCCGCGCUUCAUUCCGCCCAGCGAGGCGCACCAUUCCGCAGCGGACGCAGGCCGCAACGACAUAGUGCCCAUGGUGUUUCGAUGGGAACAUGGCGGACGCAAUGUGUGCAUCACGGGGACCUUUAACGGCUGGACGACGCAUGUCCCCAUGCACCGGUCGGGGAAUGAUUUCACGUACAUUGCCAACCUGCCGCGAGGAAAGCAUGCGUACAAGUUUGUGGUCGACGACGAGUGGCGCUUCGCACCGGACCAGCCGACCGUCGCAGACGUCGAUGGCAACAUCAACAACUACGUCGACGUCUCGGACUUUGUCGCGCUCCUCGACGUCGACAUUGAGGAGACGAACGAGAACGACAGCGAGACCGUUUACGGCCGGUUCAUUCCCGACAUUGACGAGUACACGAAGGAGCCGCCGCCGCUACCGCCGCACCUCCGCCACAUCAUCCUCAACAAGGCACCGCCGAGCGUCGACUGCAGGCUCUUGCCCGUGCCCCAGCACGUUGCGCUCAACCACCUCUACUGCACGGCCAUCAAGGACGGCAUGAUGGUCUUAGGCAUCACCCAGCGGUACAAGCAAAAGUUUGUGACGACAGUUUAUUAUAGUUUGAUGCCAGGGUCGAAUUAA